AAGAGAAAGUGAAACUAAAAGUUAAAGUCGUCAAAAAGCGAUCUAAUAACUUCCUGAACAAAGAAAUAUUUCCUGAUGUGACCAUGCAGUUCCUUAUCAUUUAUCUUGCUUGCUUUACAUAUGUCAGCAGCAAUGUUGUUAACAAAGGGUACUUUUGGCAAGUGACAGAUUUCCAUUAUGAUGCCAACUACAGUACAAAUGGAGAUCCAAAUACAAUGUGCCAUUCUGACGGAGGAAAAAGUCAUAGCAACAGUAUCUAUGGAAACUAUCUCUGUGAUUCACCAAUGAAACUCAUCAUUUCAGCUAUAAAUGCAAUGCAGAAAAUUCAUCCAAAUCCAGAUUUUAUUUUUUGGACUGGUGACAGUGUUCCUCAUGUCAAUGACAGUGAACUUAAUCAGGUUAAAGUAUACUACAACAUUGGCAAUGUGACUGAACAGCUGCUGAAGGUAUUCCCAAACACAUCUAUAUACCCAGUUUUAGGCAACCAUGAUGAGUACCCAAAAGAUGCCUUUCCACCUGGUGCUACGUCUUACUACUCAGAUAUUCUGUCUGUAAGUCAGUGGUCAAAGCUACUUGGAGAGAAUGAGUCAACAUUAUUUAAAACAGGUGGAUACUAUAGCAGUUUGAUAAAUUCAAAUUUAUUAGUCCUUGGACUUAACACCAACUUGUACUAUGGCUUUAAUCCACUGACUCAAAAUAGUACUGAUCCUUCUGGUCAGUUAAAAUGGUUAGAGAAACAGUUAAAACAAGCUCAGACCAGUCAAAAAAAGGUGAUUAUAAUAUCUCACAUUCCACCAGGUUUGUUUGAGUUGUCAUCAGGAUUAAUGUGGUUCAGUAAUAAUUUCAAUGAGAAAUAUGUCCACUUAGUAUCCCAGUACAGUGGGAUUAUAUCAGCACAGAUUUAUGGACAUGAACAUACAGAUAGUUUUAGAAUCCUUAAAGACAGUAGUGGAACUCCUUCAGGAAUGUUGUUUCUUAGUCCAGCAGUAACUCCAUGGAAAAGUACUCUACCAGGUGUGGGUGCCAACAACCCAUCAAUAAGGCUUUAUGAAUAUACAAGAGAAACUGGAGAAAUACUAGACUACCACCAGUAUUUCCUUAACUUGUCUGCAGUCAUUACAACCAAUAAAGACAACUGGACAAAGGAAUAUGAUGCCAAGAAAGAUUAUGGAUUAACAAGCUUAAACCCAGUGGAUUACAUGCAGGCAGCUCAAUCAUUUAGGAAUAAUCCACAACUUUUCAAGAAGUACCUCCAGUAUAAUUCAGUCAGCCAGAAUAUGAAUCCUGACUGCAAUGACACAUGCAAGAGAGUCCAUGUUUGUUCUAUAACAGAACUGAGGAUAAGUGACUUCAAUGAUUGUUUAAAUAAACCAGAACCAUCUUUUCAUCCACAACCACAUUCCCAUCCCCAUACUACCCCACAACCUAAAAGACAUGUGCCCCGUUAUAUGGUUAUUGUUAUUUGCACACUUGCAGGGACUGUCUUUGUAUUGGCAGUUAUUGUUGCCAUUAUCUGUAUUAAAAAACAUACUGUUUUUAUUCCUCAUCAAUAUUCAAGAUUUUCAUCACCAGUUGGCAAAGGUCCAAUAAAUUGAAAAAACCCACCUUUUUACCUUUUAUAGAGUGAUUAUAAAGUUGUGAAUUUAUGAUUAACCCAAUUCAUGUAUAUGUAUUGGGCAUAUUUUAAAUACUGCCAAAAGAUCAAAUGGUGCUCUAUUAUUUUUUUUAUUUUGCAAUGUCAAAGAUGAUGUGAUUAAAAAUGUGAAGAACUAGUAAAACAAACUUAAUUAAGUUUUUUUAGUUUUUAUUAUGACAGCUCAUUCAAGUACAUUAGAUUGCUGUGUUUAUUUGUGAUUGUUGAACAACCAACACAAAUGUGAGAUUAAUUAUUGGGAUUUCAGAAAAUGCUAUAGAAAAAUAAAAUGGAAGUUUAUAUUUUUACGAAGUCUAUCCCAUCGAAUUUUUGCAAUACUGUAAAUUCAGAAAUUAUUGCGUGCAUUUAUUAUUGGGAUUUUUGAAGGAUGGACAAAAAUGUGGGAUUAAUUAUUGCGAUUUCAGGAAAAUCUGCAUACAGAUUAAUGUAUCAGAUAUCAAAAUACAAGUUUUUUUUUAUUGCAAAACUCACCCAGUUUCAUUAUUCGCAUUAAUGAAAACCACGCAAUAAUAUCUGAAUUUACAGUAAUAAUACUAAGUCUUAGAGCUUUUUGGUUUGCUUGUUUUUAACCAUUUAUUUUGUGUACAUUAUAUUUACAAUAUUUAUUCUAUAUUUUAUGAAUUGCUAAAGAAAUGUCAUGUUAAUUGAAGGAAGACAUCAAAAUUUUAAAUUCCUAAAAAUCUACUUGAGCCUUUUAAAGAAAUUCAUUCAAUAGGAAAAAAGUAUAAAAAAUCUCUACUGAUAAUGGUAAAAAAAAUAAAUCUUAAAGAUAUGGAAAUUGUCUUGAUAUACAUGUCAUACAUAAGUAUGACUGAAUGGUGUCAAAACCAACAAUACACUUAACAUGUGACAAUUAUUUCAAUGGUGAGGUAUUGUAGCUUUGAGCUCGAUGAAUAGUAAAUGGGGAAUAUCAAAUGCUUGUAAGAUUUUGCAUACAAUUUUGACAUGACAUGUGUAACUUAUACUGAAAAUGAAAAAAAUAUAGUUCAGUUUACUGUUUUACCUGAUAAAAUAUGUUUAAGUGAAAAUCCUUUAAAAAGAUAUACAUUUGCAUAGAAUACAUUUAAAAUAUUUGGAAACCACAUCAAACUUACUUCAAAAACUCUUUACUAAAAACCUAGAACAUAGAUUUUUCUAAAGAAAAGUGGUAUGUAGUUGCCAGGUAAAUAUUUGUUUUAAUGAUGCAGGAUAAUCAAGUUUAACAUGCCGAUAGUGUAUGCAAAAUCAUAUAGAAAUCUGUCACAAGACCUCUUUAUUGUAACUUGACCUUAUUGUCCUUAUAUACAUUUAAAUUGAUUUCAAUAACAAAAAAUAUUAAAAUGCAUUCUUUAAAUAUAAAAGUUAACAAAAUCUGGAUUGAAUACCAUAACUUAGUGUCUGGUUUACUGUGAAUGUUGAAAGUCACAACAUUCAUAAAUGGGCAGGCAGUCUUAAAAUAAUAUUUAUAUUUACAUGUUAUGACUUAUGUGGAAACUUAUUUAUUGUAAAAUAUAUGUGUCCAUUCAAGAUUGCAGUGUUAAUCAUAUUUUAGAAUUUUAUUUUAAAUUAAGAAGCUUUGGAUAUAAUUAUUGAAAAUCACAUUUUAACUGCAAAGAAAUGUCUUGAAAUUCCAGAUUUGAUUUUUUUAAAUCAGUAUAACAUUUUUUUAUAUUUAUCACAAAUUUAUAUACUCUAGUCUAUAACAUUAUAUUAUGCACUGUGCAAAUGAAGCACUUCUUGCUUAUAUAUAUAUCUUUAUUCUGAUAAAGCCAAUGCAUGACAUCAGUACAGAGAUAACAACAAAACUAUUUACAAUAUAUACAAAACAAGGGAGAGAGGUUAAAAGAAGUCACUAGCCAGGAGGACAAACACAAGUAUUAAUAUUUUAUAUAAAUGAACAAAUCUUCUUCAGGACUGGAUUCUGUGUACUCAACACAAGUUCAGAGAAUUUAACUGUGUUAUGUCUUGGUACUAAAUGCUAAAAUGUUAUUGUCACUUGUUUUCAUUUUGUAUAAAUUAAAAAAAAAAACAGCAUUCAUUUUUUAUUUUUACAGGUCUUGGAAAAAAUAUAUAUGAUAUUAAAAUACAUUUUGAAUCUGAAAGUAAAACUUUAAACACAAAAAACUUCGGCAUGAAUUGUCUAGUUAGAUGAAAACAGUAUCAUUCCAAAUGAAAUCAAUUAUACCUCAUUUAGCUGAAAUUUGCAUUAUAAAUAAAAAUGCUUGAUUUCAAAAUAGAUAACUUGUAAAAUAUUUAUCAAACAAUAAUUAUUAUGCAUGCAUAUCAUAGGAUGAUAAUUUAUUGUAACAUAUUUCUAUCAUUUAUUCAUAUUUACAAUAAAUAUAAUGUCAAUUACUUUUUCAUCUUAAAAGAAUAUGUAUUUUUUAUAACAUAACUGUUUACACAAAGUAUAUGAACAAUGUAUAAUAUAGUGGUGAUUUAUUAGGUGGGUGGAGCUAUUAAUUAUAUCAUCAUCGGUUGUUUUUAUACAAAUAGGUUGCAGAGGCAGAUAUUUUUUUUGGGGGGCAGGCCUCUUUAUGGAGCUUCAUAUAUGAUAAAUGCAUAGACUUUUUACAAGAAAUUUAGGAUCACUUCAAACAUUUGCUUGCCAGGCCCCCCUUUUCAAAAUCCUGGAUCUCCACCUGGUUUUUUUUUUUUACAAAUUGAAAGCAUAUGGUAUAUAAAUGUCACAUAGUUGAGAGGGUGAAAGAGCAGAUUAUUACCCAGAGAAAACAUUGUCAACCAAGUCGAAGCCAUAGUUGAAAAUGUUUUUUUAAGGGUAACAAUCUGCUCUAUCACCCUCUCCGCUAUUUGUUAUCUAAUUUAUUAUACUGAAUGUUCUGUUAUUAUUAUCUUUAAAAUUUUAGAUCUAAAGAAAUAAACUAUGAUGUCAUGUACAUAACAACCAUCCAUAUUUAAUCAAGCUCACAACACACAGCUCACAAGUGUCUCUGUUAAGGGUAUUAAUGUAAAAGCAAAAACUAUUUCAAUAGUGGCAAGGGGCUUCGUUAGAUGUAUGCAUAAAUGUUUUUAUAGAUCAGCAGUAUUUCUCUAAUCAUCUGUUAUUUGACAGUAGUGUGAAGCUCAAGAAGGAUUAUUUUUUAUCGUGUAAAAACAUUUUCUUUCCAAAUCAUCACUGAGAGGUUUUGAAGAGUAAAGAAAAUAUUUAAUUUCAUUUGAAAAGUUCUUGUGAUGAAAAAAUGUAUUGAUUACCUGUAAUUGUAUCCUUUUUAUACUUCCGUUUACGGGAUGUAUUAUGGUAUACCGUUGUCCGUCGUCCAUUGUCAACAUGUCGGACAUUAACUCAAAAAUGCUUUAACCAAUUUGCAUAAAACUUUGGUGAAUUGUCUAUAUCUAUUUACGUGAGCUCCCUUUCGUUUUUUAUAAAUUUCAGAUUUUACUUUUCUGAGUUGUGAGGUUUUAUUCAUUAAAAAAGGGGGAUUUUCCAGUUUUCGGACAAUAACUCCAAAAUGCUUUCACCAAUUUGCAAGAAAUUUUGGUGAAUUGUUUAUAUCUAUUGACAUGAGCUCCUUUUCCAUUUUCAUAAACUUUAGAAAUUACAUUUCUGAGUUAUGGGGUUUUAUUCAUUAAAAAAAAGGGCCAGUUUACAGUUUUCGGACAAUAACUCCAAAAUGCAUUUAGCAGUUCUCAUGAAACUUUGGUGAAUUGUUUAUAUCUAUUGAUGUAAGCUCCCUUUCGAAUUUUAUAAAUUUCAGAUUUUACGUUUCCGAGUUAUGGUGUUUUAUUCAUAAAAAAAGGGGGGAUUUUCCAGUUUUCGGACAAUACCUCAAAAAUGCUUUCAGCAGUUCUCAUGAAACUUUGGUGAAUUAUUUAAAUCUAUUGACAAAAGCUCCCUUUUGAUUUUCAUAAAUUUCUGAUAUGACGUUGAGAAGUGAUUGAACUUUAUUCUUUGAAAAUGCUACGGGCAUAUCAUGCGCUCAUGGUGCAGCUGUUUAUUAUAAUUUGAAUAAUGCAUAUAUAUACAUCUGGUUAAAUUUUUUUCUUCUCAAACAUAGCUGUUGACUAAUUUUAACACUUUAUAUAACAAUUGUCAUUAAUAUGAUACUGGUUUAGAAAUGUUAGCUACUACUUCACAAACAAGGAGAGUAUACUUAAAACUAAUACAUUACAGAAUCAUCCUCCAGGAGGAACUUGAAUAUGAAAUAUUAAUCAAUUUUUUAAGUUUUAUUAAUUUACCAAAGUUUUUUGAAAAUUUUUGUAUUCUGGUGAUAAUAUAAGAAAUAGACUGUUUGAGGUGCAUUUUACCUUGUAAAUGUAAAAAUGGCCCACCGUUUUUUGUUAAAUACUGUAAUGUCUAUAUUAUGUAUUGUAAUGAUUAUUUGUGAUGAGAUUAUCAUAUUUAUUUAAUAAAAUUAAAUCAUUAGAUUUAUCAAA